AUGUUUACCCUAAACACAAGGUUAAGAUUUCAGGCUUCCAAGAGAAGGUUCUCUACAGCAACAUACAGGUUGGCUGGCCAAAAUUUGGUUGAAAAAAUCGUCCAAAAAUAUGCAGUUGGCUUACCAGAAGGUAAAAUAGUCCAUUCAGGAGAUUAUGUGUCUAUUAGUCCCGCUCAUGUUAUGUCUCACGACAAUUCUUGGCCAGUUGCUUUGAAGUUCAAAGGUUUAGGAGCUAAGAAAGUCAAAAACAACAGACAAAUUGUCAAUACCUUGGAUCAUGAUGUUCAGAAUAAAUCUGAAGCUAAUUUAACCAAAUAUGAAAACAUAAAAAACUUUGCGAAGGAACAGGGUAUUGAUUUCUACCCAGCGGGAAGAGGUAUAGGUCACCAAAUUAUGAUUGAAGAAGGCUAUGCAUUUCCAGGUAACCUAACUGUUGCUUCAGAUUCCCAUUCAAAUACUUAUGGUGGUAUAGGUGCUCUUGGUACUCCUGUCGUUAGGACAGAUGCUGCCGCCAUUUGGGCUACGGGACAAACAUGGUGGCAAAUACCGCCAGUAGCAAAUGUUGUUUUAGAAGGUGAGUUACCAAAGGGUACUACUGGUAAAGAUAUCAUCGUUGCUUUGUGUGGUCUAUUCAAUAACGAUGAGGUUCUCAAUCACGCGAUCGAAUUCACCGGUGAUGCUAUUAAACACUUACCAGUUGACUACAGAUUGACAAUAGCCAAUAUGACUACCGAAUGGGGCGCAUUGUCGGGUGUUUUCCCUAUCGAUGACACCCUCAUCAAUUGGUACACUAAAAGGCUAUUAAGAGUUGGUCCAAACCAUCCUAGAAUUAAUAAUCAAACUUUAGAAAAUUUAAGGAAUAACAAGGUUUUAGCAGACAGUGAUGCAUACUACGCCAAAACCCUUAAAAUCGAUCUAUCAAGUCUAAGCCCUUAUGUUGCAGGUCCGAACUCAGUCAAAAUAGGUACGUCCAUUGAAAAAUUGAGUGCAGAGAAUAAGAAAGUAAACAAGGCGUACUUAGUUUCCUGUACAAAUUCUAGGUUAUCGGAUAUUAAGGCUGCUGCUGAGGUUGUGAAGGGAAAUAAGAUUGCACCUGGCGUCGAAUUCUAUAUCGCUGCUGCGUCUUCAGAAGUUCAAAACGACGCUGAAGCAGAUGGUGCAUGGAAGACACUGAUUGAUGCAGGCUGUAUUCCAUUACCUGCUGGAUGCGGACCAUGUAUCGGUUUAGGUGCCGGUCUUUUAAAGGAAGGUGAAGUUGGUAUUUCAGCAACUAAUCGUAACUUCAAGGGUAGAAUGGGUUCCAAAGAUGCGUUGGCUUAUUUAGCAUCGCCAGAAGUUGUUGCGGCAUCGGCAGUUUUAGGUAAGAUUGGUGCACCGGAGGAAGUUUCCGGUGCUCCAUGUAAAACAGCUACUGAAGUUAAGAAGACUAUCAUAAUCAAUGAAAAACCAGCCGGUGAUGACUCGAUUGCUAGCGCACCAUCAGGUUCAAAAACAUUGGACGGUUUCCCAGAAUGUAUUGAGGGUGAAAUAGUUUUCUGUGAUGCUGAUAACGUCAACACAGAUGGUAUAUAUCCUGGAAAAUAUACAUAUCAGGAUGAUGUAACAAGAGAAAAAAUGGCUGAAGUUUGUAUGGAAAACUACGAUUCUGAAUUUGGCAAGAAGACUAAGGCAGGUGACAUUAUUGUGUCAGGUUUUAACUUCGGUACAGGCUCAUCUAGAGAACAGGCAGCUACAGCGAUCUUAGCUCGGGACAUUAAGCUUGUUGCUGCAGGUUCGUUCAGUAACAUUUUUGGUCGUAAUUCUAUAAACAAUGCAUUGCUAACAUUAGAACUACCUGAGCUUAUUGAGCUACUAAGGAAAAAAUAUGCAGGAUCAGAGCCUGAAUUGACCAGAAGAACCGGAUGGAGACUCAAAUGGGACAUUCCAACAUCAACCGUUACUGUUACCAAUGAAACAGGCGAGGUGGCAUUGACUAACAAGGUUGGAGAGCUAGGAACCAACUUGCAAGAAAUCAUCAUUGAAGGUGGAUUGGAAGGCUGGGUCAGAGCACAAUUGAAAAAGGAAAAUAAUGCUUAG